CUUACUAUUAAUAUUAAUGGUCAAUGCUUGGUUAAAUCCAAUUUAUGGAGUUGAGAUGUAGGGGUAUUUCUAUAUAGUCUACCAAAAAGAUAUUUGUUCUCCAUUACAGACUCGGAAAUUAGGGUAUCACAUUCAACAAUAGCUUAACCAAGGUCAUUUAAGGAAGUGGUCAGAGGAUUAUUGCUAUUUCGUGAUCCGUAGUUCCUGUUUCAAGAUCUCUCUGGCUCUGACAUCUACCUUUAAUUUUCUCUUUCCCACAUAAAUUAAAAAUUUUAGGUUUUUACAAUUAACAGAUUGUGUGGUUAGUCUUCCUAUCAGAGAUUCCUCAUUUUUCUAGACAUUUGUUUUGGCUAUUUUGAUAUUGACUUCAGUUCUUCUAUCAAAUUAUUUCUUAUAUCCUUAUGAUCAUACCCAAACACAAAUUUCACACAUAUAUGGAUUUUUUUUUCUCCUCCCUCCCACCAUCUGACCCCAAGAAGCACCAGAGGAACUCUGAAGUAACUCGAUUUAAAAAAAUAAAUAAAUAAAGUGAAACAAAAACAAAAAACAAACAAAAAAACCAAGGUCUUUCCUUCUACUUGGCAACCAUUUUAUCUCCCUCUUUGGAAGGGAUGUAGUAAAAGAAAAAAUGGCUGCCUUUUGUUUAUUUCCUUGUACACUAGCAUGCUGACCUCCUCAAAGGUAUUCACCAAAACAUAGGCACCUUUAAGGAGCCAGAUGAUGAUGCUUCAGAAGGAUUUUUGUUUGCGUGUUUAUUUAUGGCCUGGGGUUUUGUGCCUGUAGUGUAGCUCAUAUUGUAGAAGGGACAAUGAACAAGGGUGUUCUGGAGCAAACACUUGAAAAUGGUGGCACAGAAAGUAUCUCUUAGCAUUCCUUCUGUGCUAAGGAAAACUUACUACAUAUGACAUGAAACGUUCCAGGUCAGUGCUAACCCUUCAAAUAAUAUGAAAAAAAUGUGAAAAAAAAAUCAUUUCAUGUAACUACUUAUGUUUUGUUCACAUCGACUUACUCUGCGUUUCUAAAGUUCGGUUGAGAAAAUGUUUACAUUGUAUUGCUUUUCUUUUAGAAAAUGAGAGUUUAUUGAUUGAAAGGUUGACAUGUGUGCAUACCAAUAAGCAUAUGAAUAUCUGUACCUUCAUUUUUUUUAAAGUACUGACAUGUUUACAAGGGCCAUUACAAUGCACGGUAUAUCAAUACAAUAGUGUAGGAAAUUCAUCUUUUCUGAUCAUGUUAUGAUGCUUUGGCUUUUCCUUCCAUGAUCUUUGUUGAAUUUUCAUAUAUUUGCCACCAGGUAAUUACUGACAUUUGUGAGUCGAAAGCUUUCAAAUACCAAUUCAAGUUAGGCAGCCUAUCAACCAAAUAUCCCAUAAAAUAUAUGGAAUUUUAAACCAAAUUCCAUCAGCUAUAUAGGUUUGUGGUUUGUUUGUUUAUUUGAAGAUCUGUAAUUGACUUUCAAGUUUGAGAAUUUCCUUGUGGAAAGCUGCUGUGACUGUAUUCAGAGGUACAUAGUAUACGUGUAUUGAAACAGUAUCAAAACAGCCAAAGGUUCCCGCAAAUGUAGAACAGUCCUCUCUGGAAGGACUUGUUAGCACUAAAAUCAGAUAAGGUAAACCAUAUGCUCCAUUGAGGUAAGCUGUCUGAAAUAAGUUACUGCCAUUUUAAGAAUUAGCAUGAACCAUCUGUUCUUUAAGUUGAGAUCUUUAUUGUUCAUUGUAGUCAGCUGUUGUAGAGUGUGUUGCCUUUUGAGAAGAUAAAUUAAUCACCUACCUCAUUUAUACACUUCAAGAAAAAGAGUCUCAUCUUCCUUAUCAGAAAGAAUUGGUAUCUGUUUGUAUUCACAUGCAGUAUCUUUUAGUGAUGGGGAUUUUACUGGAAGAAAUGUUGAGGGAAUCAGCAUCUGGUCUUAGUGGGGGUUGGGGGAAACCAAGAAAAGAAAUAGUUGCAAUUAAAAGGUUAAAAAAAUAUAUGGUCAGUUGGUUCAUUAGAACAGGGCUCUUGGAUAAUAUUUACUUUCAGAAACGUAAGGUAGGAAAUGGCUUGAGCAAGUUUUCUUUUCAUAAACUUACUCAACCUCUGAUUAAAAUAAAAUCUAGUCCCCCCCACACCCCUUAAUAGCUGUUGAAUCAUUUUCGAUAAUAAUAAAAUCUAGGGAAAUCUAAGGGAUUUCCCUUAAUGGUGCUACAUUAAUGUCUCAGGGCAGUUCCCUUAUCUGCUAUUUCUUCCUCCUUGUAGAGUCAGCUGAUAAAAAUAUCCGUAGACACAGUGAAGUCAGCGGUAAGCCUGGCUUUCUCAGACAGAACUCCAUGUGAUCACACAUAGGCAGCCGGGCUGGGCUGAUGCCGUGCAGCAAGCAGUAGGUAAUGAGUCUUUGUGCGAGCGAAGCUCUUGUCUCGGAACAAUAAAGCAUAUGGUACCAGCAAUAAAACACGGGGCCGGGAAACGUAAGAAGAUUCCACUGAACCAGGAAGAUCGACGCCUUCCGUGAUGCCGACACGUACUGUAAAAUGAUAAUCAAUUUAUUUUGGAUUCUAAUGAAUAAAGACUGCCAGGACUCGACUCCAGCUGUUUGAACAGGUACAUGUGACAGCGCCGCAGCUAUGAGUGGAAUUUUAAAGAGGAAGUUCGAAGAUGUGGAAGCCUCCUCGCCCUGCUCCUCCGCUCGGGAAUCGGAUGACGAAGUCUCCAGCAGCGAAAGUGCUGACAGCGGGGAUAGCGUCAAUCCAUCUACCUCCAAUCACUUCACCCCUUCCUCCAUCCUCAAAAGGGAGAAACGGCUGAGGACGAAGAAUGUGCACUUCAGUUGUGUCACCGUGUACUACUUCACCAGGAGGCAGGGCUUCACCAGUGUGCCCAGCCAGGGUGGCAGCACUCUGGGGAUGUCCAGCCGUCACAACAGCGUGCGCCAGUACACCCUGGGAGAGUUUGCAAGAGAGCAGGAGCGGCUGCACCGGGAGAUGCUGAGAGAACACCUCAGGGAGGAGAAGCUCAACUCUCUAAAACUAAAGAUGACCAAGAAUGGCACUGUAGAAUCGGAGGAAGCGAGCACACUGACCGUGGAUGACAUUUCCGAUGACGAUAUCGAUUUAGACAACACGGAAGUCGACGAAUACUUCUUCCUGCAACCCCUGCCCACAAAGAAACGGAGAGCUCUGUUGCGAGCCUCUGGGGUGAAGAAGAUCGACGUGGAAGAAAAGCACGAGCUGCGGGCCAUCCGCCUGUCUCGGGAGGACUGUGGCUGUGACUGCAGAGUGUUCUGUGAUCCAGAAACAUGUACCUGCAGCCUGGCAGGCAUUAAAUGUCAGGUGGAUCGGAUGUCUUUCCCAUGUGGCUGCACUAAAGAAGGCUGUAGUAACACAGCAGGUAGAAUUGAAUUUAAUCCUAUCCGCGUGCGGACUCAUUUUUUGCACACAAUAAUGAAACUUGAACUGGAGAAGAACCGAGAGCAGCAAACCCCCACGCUGAACGGCUGCCACGGGGAGAUAAGCACCCACGGCCCUUCCAUGGGCCCUGUCGCUCACUCCGUAGAAUAUUCCAUCGCGGACAAUUUCGAGAUUGAAAGCGAGCCCCAGGCUGCAGUGCUGCACCUGCAGGAGGAGCUGGAUUGCCAAGGAGACGAGGAGGAGGAGGAGGAAGACGGAAGCAGUUUCUGCAGUGGAGCCACUGACUCGAGCACCCAAAGCCUGGCCCCCAGUGAAUCAGACGAGGAAGAGGAAGAGGAGGAGGAAGAGGAGGAGGAGGAAGAGGAAGAUGACGACGACGACAAGGGAGACGGCUUUGUAGAAGGGCUUGGAGCCCAUACUGAAGUCGUCCCCCUUCCUUCUGUCCUUUGUUACUCCGAUGGCACCGCAGUUCAUGAAAGCCACACAAAAAAUGCUUCAUUUUACGCUAGCUCUUCAACUCUGUACUACCAAAUAGACAGUCACAUUCCGGGAACUCCUAGCCAGCUUUCUGACAACUAUCCUGAAAGAGAUACUGUCAAAAACGGUGCCCUUUCGCUGGUGCCUUACGCCAUGACCCCAGAGCGCUUUGUUGACUAUGCCAGGCAAGCAGAAGAGGCCUAUGGAGCCUCUCACUACCCAGCUGCCAACCCGUCGGUCAUUGUUUGCUGCCCCACCUCUGAAAACGAUAGUGGGGUGCCCUGUAACCCCUUAUAUCCUGAACACAGGUCCAAUCUUCCUCAAGUGGAAUUUCACUCAUACUUGAAAGGCCCUUCCCAGGAAGGGUUCGUCUCCACAUUGAAUGGCGACAGCCACAUUUCAGAGCAAACUGCAGAAAAUCCUUUGAGCCUUGCAGAAAAGAGCAGAUUGCAUGAGGAGUGCAUUCAGUCCCCCGUGGUGGAAACGGUCCCCGUUUAGUUGCUUAAAUUAUUCUAUUAUAGGACCAAGUCGUCUAUUUAAGGCACUGUAUUGCCUUUGCUGGCGUUGUUUAACCUGAAGACCAAGAAUAUGUGGACUGUGAUUAAUCUUUCAGACAGUAUUUCCUUCCUUCCUUUCUAGGUUCCCAACUGUGGCGUGGCACAAAAUACAGUCGCUAUGGGGAUUUUAAACGAUUUUGAACUGUUUUGAUAGAAAAUGCUAAAUUAAAAAAAAAAAAAGCAUAUCUCACAGUUGCCUACCUGUCAAACUGUGUGAAACCUACCAAGCUAUGCAGACCAUA